CUGGAAUUGGCAAGCUGCUUGUGGGCGUCGUAGCCGCCUACGCAAGUGCUGUGUUGCUUCUGUCAAUUCCGUGCUUCCAAGGACAUGUGCUCUACCUCAAUAAGAUAAAGUUGCCCUUUUUUGCGAGGUUCGACAUGCCUGAGAAGUACGGUCUUGCGCCAAACAAAACCCUCAACUUCAAACUCCUCACCCCCGACGGCGAGAAACUGGGCGCCUGGUUCAUCCUCGCCGAUCCUUACCAGCGCGCCCACCCCAGCCUCUCCACCACGCGCGACUGGGACACCGACGUCCCAGCUGCCCUCCGCACCUACCCCACCAUCCUUUUCUUCCACGGCAACGCCGCCACGCGCGCCUUCCCCGCCCGCCUGCAGCACUACAUCAUGUUUUCCUCACGACUCGCCGCGAACGUGCUCGCCAUCGACUACCGCGGCUUCGCGGACUCGACGGGGACGCCGUCGGAAGAGGGACUGACGACGGACGCGUACGAGGCGUGGUGUUGGCUGGUUAAGAAUGGCGCGAAACCGGAGAAUAUUGUCGUGAUUGGGCACUCAUUGGGUACGGGUGUAACGGCUCGCCUUGGGGUCGUUCUUGAGCGCGCUGGCGUCAAACCUCGAGGCCUCGUGCUCAUGAGCCCGUUCUCGAGUAUCGCGGAGGUGGUGAAGACGUACAGUAUCCUCGGGUUCAUCCCGCUCAUGAGACCUUUAUCCUUCAUCCCCGGCGCAACUAGCCUCAUUGGAAAGCUAAUUGUUCACCGCUUCGAUACUCUCCGCGCCGUCUCGGACCUCACGUCGGCAGAUAUAAUUGUCGCCCACAGCGAGAACGACCUCGACAUUCCGCAUACGCACUCGGAAACGCUCUUCGAGGCCUUCCUCACUCCGGUACUGCCCACAAUAAGCGACGCAGAACACCCACAGGCGAAUGGUCGCGAAGGCCGGCGGGCUCUCCGUCGUGAAGAUAUUGUCAAGACUAUAUCUAUCCGCAACUUUGGCACCGUGCAGGAAUUCGAGGACACUCGGAGUGGCGGGCGUAGGGUUAUUUUCGUGAAGGCGUUAGCGGGUGCGCAUGAUUACCUUGGCAUACAGGAGGGGCUACAGGACAUCCUGGCGAGAACGUUUGAUCUGGGGCAUGCCCUGUAGAUGGUAGGAGAGUCGUCCUAUUUGCAAUGUACAUUGCAUGGGUUUCGAGGGACGACCUCGAAGUCG